AUGGAGCGGCUAUUGUCGGCAGUGUACGCUCGUGAACCGCAUGUGAAGGUGGUGGCGGCAGUGACAGGCGGUGGUGUCUCCAUUGCCGAAAGUCUCUUCCGACCUGGUAGCUCCUCCACCAUGUUGCACUUCGCCGUUCCCUACUCACGCGCUAGUCUGCAGUCGUUCCUGAGCUCGGUGCCCUCAACGUCCUCCAAGCUUAAGUUCUGUUCAGCAGAUACAUCAGAGCGCAUGGCAUUGGCUGCAUGGAAACGAGCGAGCGAUAUUACUAGGAGCGAAGCUGAGGAGGACGACGCACAAGCCGCAGCAGCACUGCCCAAUGCCCUGAAACGAUUCCGAGCGUCUUUGGGCAUCGCAUGCUCGGCUGGGCUGGCGACAAAUUACCCAAAGAAAGGCCCUCACGAGUGCUUCUUGUCAGUGUGUCAAACUCGCUCGCUGGACAAAUCGCUGGGGCGCUCGAGAACGGAAGAAGACCACAUCGUUAGUCGCUGGCUGGUGUAUCUCCUGGCCAAGGCUACAGAUGUGGACUCGGAGGCUUGUGCCGCGUUCCACGAUGAGCUUAUGUCAACGCAGAUUGGAAAUGAUGCUAUCAUCAAGUUGACAUCAGAUGAAGAACACAGCAAUACAAACGACCCGCUGCAUGACAUCUGCAGUGGCCAAUCGAAUCAACUCGUGAGCGUUGCGUUCCUGCCUGAGCAGCUGGAAGAUACUACCGACGGCACUGUUUCGAUGGUUGCUACUCGAGGUUUUGGCUUCCGCGGACUUAUCCUGCCUGGAUCUUUUAAUCCGCUUCACAAGGGUCAUGUGGAUUUGGCACUUGUUGCUCAACAACUGAUGAAGGACCGAACUGGGGUGGAGCUGCCUGUGGCAUUUGAGCUCGCAGUAGCUAACGCCGACAAAGGCGCGAUCGAGUCGUCAACCAUCUCGACACGAGUCGCGCAGUUCGCCGCUGGCAAUGCCUCAGGACUCGGUGCGUGGCCCGUAUUGGUCACGAAUGCCACGCUUUUCGGUCAGAAAGCUGAGCUGCUACCUGGAUGUGCUUUCGUUAUUGGCGCUGACACGGCAAUUCGCAUUGUGGACAAGAAAUACUACGACAUGGACGAGCACAAAAUGGUGCUGGCACUGGACCACAUUGCCCGCAAUGACUGCUCCUUCGUGGUAGCCGGUCGCGUCGACAACAAAGUGGAGAACCGCUUCAUCAGUGCGGAUGAGGUAUUGGACAAGCACGUGCCGCCAGUAUUCCGCCAUAUCUUCGUGCCUCUGCCCGAGUCCGCGUUCCGCAAUGACAUCUCUUCAACUGAGAUUCGCCAGCAGAUGGCUACAAAAUAA